GGUCCGGGCUCUGGAGCCCCCCCGCCUCCCUCCAACCCAUCAGUUUGCCACGUGACAGGACGUCAAAUAAAGCAGCAGCUUGAACUCUUGGCCACUUUGUGGUGACAAACGUGCUGCGAAGUCAAUGAAAGGAACAUGCCCCGUGCACCAGCAAAUGAGUUGGGCUACAAACCCCAGGACGGCGGCUGGGGCUGGAUCGUGGUGUUCGGGGCUCACAUUUCCAUUGGAUUCGCCUACUCCACGCCCAAAGCCCUGUCCAUCUUCUUCAAAGAGAUUCAGGAGGACCUGGGGGCGAGCUACAGCGAGAUCGCAUGGAUCUCCUCCAUAAUGCUGGCUACCAUGUAUGCGGGGGGACCUGUGAGCAGUGUGUUGGUCAAUCGCUUUGGAAGCAGGCCAAUUGUCAUGCUGGGAGGCCUGAUGUGUGGGGUAUCCAUGGUAACCGCCUCUUUUGGCAGCUCCAUCAUUUACCUCUACUUUUUUGUUGGCGUCAUUGGAGGCUGUGGCCUCGCCCUGAACCUGAACGCAUCCCUCACCAUCAUCAGCAAGUAUUUCCUCACCAAACGUCCCCUAGCGAACGGACUGGCCAUGGCCGGGAGUCCCGUGUUCCUCUGCUGCCUGGCGCCUCUCAACCAGUAUUUGCUGGACAAGUUCGGCUGGAGGGGCAGUCUGUGCAUCCUCGGGAGCCUGAUGCUCAACUGCUGCGCGGCGGGCGCCCUGAUGAGGCCCGUGGUCCUCCCUCGCGGGCCCCCGGGGAAGGCGGAGGAGCAGCCCAUGUGUCCCAGCACCAAGCUAAAGGCCAGCUGCGCGGGGAGGACCAGGACCUUCCUGGACCUGUCCUUCUUCAAAGACAGGGGCUUCGUCAUCUACCUGGUGGGGAACAUGAUGUUCAUCUUCGGGGCGUACGCGCCCAUCGUCUUCCUGUCGGCCUACGCCAUCAGCCAAGGCGUGGAGGAGUACUCCGCCGCCUACCUGCUCUCCAUCACGGGCUUCGUGGACAUGUUCGUGCGGCCCGGCACCGGCCUGGUGGCCAACAGCAAGUGGAUCCGGCCCCGCAUCCAGUACUUCUUCAGCUUCGCCAUGAUUUUUAACGGCACCAGCCACCUGCUGUGCCCGCUGAUCAGGAGCUACCCCUUCCUGGUGGCGUACGCCGUGCUCUUUGGCGUCGGCUUCGGCAUGGUCUUCGCCCUGAUAUUUGAAUGUCUGAUGGACCUGAUGGGGAACCAGCGCUUCCCCAGCGCCGUCGGCCUGGUCACCAUCAUAGAGUGUUUCCCGAUGCUGCUGGGACCGCCUGCUGCAGGGCUGUUGGUGGACGUCUUCGGCGACUACAAGUACCUCUUCUUCAUGUGUGGCUCUGUGAUCGUGACCGGCGGCGUCUUCCUCUUCGUCAUGAACAUCUACAACUAUCACAUGCAGGACAAAGAAAACCCAGCCAAGGACCCGGGACACAACUUGAACAACGUGGAGAGCCAGGAGCGCGUGAGUGUUUCAGAGGCAGAGAUGAAACAGACGUCUGAGGCCGCGAACGAGUUAAACGGAGCCGAAGAGAAGAACGGAGCCAAGCGAGAGCCGCAACCAGAAACGACUGAGACUCCAAAGUAAAUACUGUGAUCUGAAAGUGUGCUUGUGGGUAUUAUUACGUUAUUAGUUGCCGUCCAAUCACACACUGUUCCUUCACUCAUCUAUUACCACCUGCUAAUCACUCAUUAAAGCUGACUGAUGGGUAACAGUCUGAUCCUCGCAGGAUAUCUAGUAGCUGAUACUUACUAUAUACUUUAAACCAAAAAUGGCAGAGGAUCAUCUGAUGUUGAUAUUUUUUAGCAAAUAUUUAUGUAUUUUAGCAAAAGCCCAAAUAUUGGUGCCCAGGGUGAAACAAUUACACCACAAAUGUCUCUUUUCUGAGUUUUUAUCAUUGUGGUUUAUUUUAAAAUUGGACUGUCGGUUUUCCAACGAAGCGAAUGGUGGUUGGUUUCUUCUUUUCCUACUGACGUAGCGAUAAAUUCCUUCUCAACAUCCAAAUAGACUUUUAGAAUGUGACCCCAGCUUCCUCUGAGUCCACUCUAUUACGGCUCAAGCGUGCGUGAUGUGAUGCGUCUCCGAUUGUAACUGCACCGCGUUGCCUCCAAAGCACGGCCACAGUGUGCGGGAGUGAAUAAUAGCGUGGAUUCUGAUUCCUCACAGUUCAGUUCGUACGAUGUUAAUGGUUUCCACUGCACGUGCACCACCUCUCAGGACUUUCAGCGGAUAUUUUGCACUCGCGGUGUUUAUAUUACAAAACCGUUUAAUAUGUUUCGCACAUGAAACGCUGAGCCUGUAAUUAAAGCCGUGCAAAAAGUGCAGGAACAGUCCUUUACCUCCACCCUUCACUGUAUCCACUGCAAACAAUACUGUCCUCUUGUUGUUUUCAAUAUUUAUUGGUGUAACCUUUUAGGCCAGAGCGCAUCAACAAUGGGCUCCACAGAAAUGCGUUGGAUGAGUUUUUGUGCGCUGUUGUGUUAAAGUGAGCGAGAACGAAAGACAUAAUGUAUGUUACAUAUAAUCCAGAAUCCACUGAGGCUGUUACGAGGAUUAUGUUCUGAUGUGAUGGCAGCUUUUUGAAUUCUGUGCUCAGGACAAUGUACUGAAAACUUUAGUUUAUACUGUAGGUGUGUGGUGCUGAUUGUACUGUACCACUGAUAAAAAAAAAAAACACUGAAAGUGAAAAACACUAGAUUGUUUACCUUAAUAAAAAAUGUGCCUUUCA